UCGUUAAUACAAUACAAGAAGAAAUAAUAAAAGAUAAUAGUAAUGGAGCAGACGAGACGAGUUUGAUGGUGGACCGAUUUUUGACUACUGUGAUGCAUACACGAUCUGCCUGCUGCUGCUAAAUCACCUCAGUUUUCGCUUUCUUCAUCAUGGAAGGUGGGUCAACGGACCAGGAAUCAGUAGUGUCAGGGACGAGAAAGUCAAGUAUUUCUUCAGGUGGUAGGGUUCGGGAACAGUUUCUCCAUAGAUUCACCGACAGUCAGAUCUUUAUCGCAAAUCUCGAAGACUGGUUUCAAACUUUAUCAGAAAACUCAUUCGACUUUGAUGUUCCUUUCGAUUUAAUCAGUCUCCAAAAGUUCGAUUACGCAUUAGAAAGCGCUUCGUUUCAGCAACUAAUUCGAAUGCCCAGUGCUGCUUAUGCAUCCGCAUCAAGCACCAUGGAAGCUACUGCGUUUCUUGCAUUAGAAGAUUUCCUACAUGCAAGCGUAAAAGGCUUAUGGGAUGCGUUUUGGGACCAAGACGAACCCUCGCCUUUAACCGUUGCAUGUCUUUACGAUGCGAAUUUCAAAUUCUAUCAAGCCGAAAAAGCGAUCGCUAACGGAAAACUUGGCGGUCUUUGUGCCACUGCUGUCAUGGUCAACAACCCGAGACACCCGCAUGGUAAAUGGCACGAUAUUCUUGAAAUAACACUUUUAAGGCCCGAGAUCGGAAGCCUUACGAAGGAAGGUGAAAUUACAGUUCCGUCCCUGUCGAUUUUGGGUGAAGCUCUGUUUUACGGCUUACGAAUCUUGUUAUCGAGAAGUAUCCGUAGAUCAAGAAACCCUUCGGUUUUAGAUUCGGUUUUUGUUAUUCUAACCGAUUGUCAGUACGGUGGCGUUGUGAAAAUCGAAGGAGAUUUGACCAAAUUCGAUUUUGAUGUCAAUAAUGUUUAUCAGUGUGCUGCUGAAUGGAUCAUGAAUUAUUCACGGGUUUCCGUCACCCCUUUCGAUAGAAUCUGGAAUAAGCUCGGGAACGCCAAUUGGGGGGAUAUCGGUGCGUUACAGGUACUUUUUGCGACUUAUCAUUCAAUGAUGCAAUACGUCGGAAUGCCAAAAAAUUCAAUCGAGGAUUUAGCCGCUGAUCAUAGUUCGCGUCUCCAAGCAAGAAGAAUCGAAAGACGAUUGGGAGAAAUGGAUAUCGGAACAAACGGAAACGGUUUAUUUAAACUCCAACAACGCAGCGUUUCACCAGAAAUCGUUGAAGUACAAGAAGAACCCGUCAACAUCGAGCCUCGAAAAUCGGUUAAACUAGAAGUGGGGUCCGUUUUGUUUGUCGAAGAUUCAAAUCGGCAGAAAAGUUAUCAGAUUAUUGAAGUUUUGAGCGACGGUGAAAUGCCAUAUUACAUUGUUUCGCUAACUGAAGAACUGGGAAAAAGUUUGUUUUUAUACGUCGGUUCACACCCGUCUCAGCUUGAACCCGCAUGGGAAGAUAUGAAACUAUGGUAUCAAGUACAGAGACAAACAAAAGUAUUUUCAGUUAUGAAACAAAAUGGUUUAUCCAGCAAGUAUUUACCGCAGUUCGUCAUGUCGGGUAAGAUAAUACACCCUGGACCAUGUCGAAAACCGGGCCCGAGCGGGAACUGCGACAACCCGUGGUGCGGGACGCCGGUUCUGAUCACGAGCCCGGUUGGCAAAACAGUAGCCGACAUGAUCAGGUUGGGUCAAUUCGGGUCAGAUGAAGCUAUUAGAUGUUGUCACGAUUGCUUAUCGGCUCUAUCGACAGCUGGCACUGCUGGCAUUAGACAUGGCGACAUUAGACCCGAAAACAUAAUCUGUGUAACGUCAAGUACAACGCAACAACCUUACUUUGUGUUAGUCGGGUGGGGUCACGCCAUUUUGGAGGAAAGAGACCGGCCCGCUAUGAAUCUUCAUUUUUCAUCGACAUACGCGCUUCAAGAAGGAAAGUUAUGUUCCGCGUCUGAUGCAGAAAGUCUCGUUUAUUUGCUUUAUUUUUCGUCGGGCGGGGAAUUGCCCGAGUUAGAUUCAGUUGAAGGGGCGUUGGAAUGGAGAGAUAGUUUUUGGUCAAAACGGGUAAUUCAGCAAAAGCUCGGGGACAUAUCUGCGGUUUUAAAAGCGUUUGCUGAUUAUGUUGAUAGUCUAUGUGGAACACCGUAUCCAAUGGAUUACGAAAUUUGGCUCAGAAGAUUAAAACGACAUCUUAAUGAAAACGGGAAGGAGAUCAGCACAUCGAGUUAGCGGACUCGUGCUCACAAAGCAAGUAGAAAAUGAUAAUAAUUGAAUGGUGAAGUCGACAAAAGAUUAAAUUUUGUGUGGUAUAUUUGUUGAGAACAUAGGUAUAUAUACUCAAAUUUAGCUUUUGUUGUGGUCUAGUGGGUUUGUUUUGUUAAUUUAUUGUAUCAACCAACUGUGAUUGAAUUUAGGUCAAACGUUUGACUGCAGCAGAGAUGGUCAGAAUCUGCUAUAAAGACUUGUACUUUAAAGUGGUCUGGUUGUGGUACUGGUAAUGUUUAAUUUGUUAUGUAAAGAUAGGAAGUCAAGACAGUUUUAUGUGUUAUCGGUUUGAGUUAUGUAUAAAAGGAUCCUUGAAAUUUAAUUGUUAAAUUCUGAAACCUGUUUUUAGGGCC